AAAUUCACUUGCAAGUGUGUAUAUUUAAGAAAAUAAACAAUAUUACAUAUAUAACCUACGUCGUGUUUCAAAGAAAGAUAAAAAACAAAGCAUGACGGCAAAUCCACCGGAGGAAAACUUCGAUCAAGGAGAGUUCGACGAAGACGAUUUGGGGGAGGUUCAAAUCGAAUCCACAGCCGGACGGAAGCGUCUGUUUAGCAAGGAGCUGCGUUGCAUGAUGUACGGCUUCGGAGAUGACCAGAACCCGUACACGGAGAGCGUCGAUCUGCUGGAGGACCUGGUGAUUGAGUUCAUCACCGAAAUGACCCACCGAGCGAUGGAAAUUGGCCGAACCGGUCGAGUGCAGGUAGAAGAUAUAAUUUUUCUCGUACGGAAAGACGCCCGAAAGUAUUCCAGGGUAAAGGACCUGCUGACGAUGAAUGAGGAACUGAAACGGGCUAGGAAAGCCUUCGACGAAAUCAAGUAUGUCGGAGCGGAAGCAAAGGUUAAGGAGAAGUAAAUGCUGUCGAAUUAAAAUAUGUAUACCUACGCACUAUUUUGUAAAAGGUCCAA